AAACUAAUUUCUUUCCGGUCAAAAUGGCAACAGCAGAACAAGAAAUACUUUCUCGAGAGCUGCAGGAACGCAAAGAUGGUUUGGUUGUGUUGGAAAGUGGUUUGAUGAUGAUCAUCAACUUUCUGGCCUUCACUGGUAACGUGAUGGUUUGCUGGGCUGUAUACCGUAACCAAAGACUUCGCACUUUACCAAACAUCUAUGUAGUGACCUUAGCCAUAUCAGAUGCUCUCAUGGCGGUCCUGUGCAUGCCUAUGUCUGUAGUUCUUCUCGUUACAGGCCACUGGCCAUUCGGCGAGGCUGCCUGCCAUUUCCAGGGAUUUUUUUGUUUCUUCUUUGCGCUCUACUCCUUGCUACUCAUGACUGCAACCGCAGUGAACCGAUAUUUUCACGUGGUGAAACCAAAUCUUUACCGCAAGCAUUUCAAAGUCAAAUCUACUUUUCUUUCCGUCGUUGUUAUCACACUUUUCGCUGCUCUCGGUGCGGGGCUUUCAUCGAUGGCUCAAUGGGCGACAUUUAUCGUACAUUACGGUAAAGUUAUCUGUUUUAUGAACUUCAAAUCCCCGGAGCUGGACAUGGGUUACAUCGCAUAUUUAGAUGUUUUUUACAUCGCUAUUCCUAUCGGAAUCAUUUCCUUCGCGUAUUACAACAUUUUUAAAACUAUCGGAAAACACAAUCAAGAGAUGAACAACGCGAGAAGAGGGUCAAUUCUUCCCUUGAACGUGGAAGAAGUGAAAAUAACAAAGGUACUAUUUGCAUCUGUACUGGGCUUUAUUCUUUGUUGGGGACCUAUCGCCAUUAUUGACCAAGUUGAUUCGUACACGGGGCAAAAAGUCGUUAUUCCACGGCAGGUCUUCUUGCUGUACAUAUACCUCGGCUUUGGAAGUUGUUCCAUUAACCCCUUCAUAUAUGGCGUUAUGAAUAAAGCCUUCAGAUCAGAGUUCGUGAAAGUGUUAACUUUGUGGAGAAAAAAGAACGAAGUUGUUCCUUUCGAUCGGUCUUUUACACUUCAAACUAACCAUUCAACAGUAAACAACUGAGACAAGACGACACAUGCGCACAAGUUGGGUGUAGACUUUCAGGCAAGAGACCUGACUUUAGGGGAAAACAUUUCUUAUCUUUUAUGGUCGGGAAAAGUCAGGGAAUUUAGCAUCCUGGAAGCGAAAUAAAUGUUGUUUUUUUUUCAAGACUUCGGGAAAACUCCAGUAAUCUGAAUUUUAUCUUAACAUUGCCAAAAUUAAUUGUUAUGAAAGUUCUUGAAAGUUGUUCCGUCUCCGUAGGCUGUCAAUUUUGCUAGGAGCUGGUCAUAUUUAGAGUUCAUAGUGGUAAUUAAAGAGACACCUUAAAUCGAUUUGCCUAGAGGCGCUAAAGCCUUCUCUUAUAAAUUCUUUUAUUAUACAUUGAACUCACGAUCUCUUUUCUGAUAAGCCGAAAGCGUACAGUGAAUUUUCGAAAU